UUGUUCGAACACAUCCUGAGGUUGCUGGAAAGUUUAUGAGUAAAAAACUUGAAGAGCUAGUUGUCACUAUUCCAUCGCAUAGAGGUGCAGAUGUUAGCCAUAGAAAAGCGUUUUAUGAACUCUUGUCUCAUGUUUUGUCAAUCCUAAGGACUACAGGUUCUGGUGUUAUACCAAAGAAAAUAAUGGAUCAAGUUAUCAAUUGUUUCUUAGAGGAAGAUUCGGUUGCUUUAUGUGCAGCUAUUGCAGAUGCUGCAAUUCGCAAUUGGAAUGUUGACUCAAUAAAUACUGGUUACAACCAAUUAAUUUCAAAGACUGUUAGUCUAUUAAGGUCAUUUUCAUUAAUGAAGGACAUAGGCUCAGUAAAUUUACCAGUGGCAGAAGUGACCCAACAGGCUGUCAACAAUGUCAACCUAAUCAGCAACUUCUUUGCAAAAAUCUUAGCAACAGAUAAAACAUUUGUUCAGCAAGCUCUUGGUGAAAUUUUCAGUGUGUUGACACAGGAAGAGAAACCAUCUAGUGUUACAUUGACUCCACUCCUGACAGCUAUACCAAAGGAAUAUGCGGAAGGCAUUGCGGAAAAAAUUUGCAGUAAUCCAAGUGUUACAGAUAAAAAACUUGAUUUGGCACUUUGUAAGCUAAUUGAUUGGCUUGCAUGGCCAAAAAGCCAAAACCUGGAUGAGUGGAUAAUAACAGUGUGCCAAAAACUGCUUGAUGAUGGAAAGAGGUGUCAGGUUGUUGCACAAGUUGUUAAAAAGAAGGCAGUUGUGGUAUUCAAUCACAUGUUUCCAAAAGAAUCCAGAGAAGCUGCCACUGCAGUCUUUUCAUUCAUGAUGUUGAUCUAUCAGCACAGUCCUGAGAUUUUUCAUAAGGUUGCGCCAAGAAUACCAUCAUUGUUUAACCUAAUUGAAAAAGACAAUGAAGAUCCCAAAAAUCAGACAUGCAUAAGAACAUUAGCAGAGCUAGUUUACACAUUGAUGUACAUGUUUCCAGGAUAUUCAAAUAUUUACAACAGUGUUCGCCCUAUUUUAAAGAAUUAUUCCGAACCCAGCCAAGCUGAUAUGAAAAGAUGGAUUGCAAGAAGUUGUAUUGUAUUGCCUGGUGCUAUUGCACCUCAAAGCAGUCCUGAAAUAUCUAGAAAGCAAGUAAGAGGCAAAACUGGUCUAACCAACCUUGGGAACACUUGUUACAUGAAUAGUGUCAUUCAAGCUUUGUUCAUGCUUAAGAGUUUCCGCUCAAAGCUACUGUUGAUGCCAUUAUCUGAAGGAAAUGCUCCAUUGAUGUACAACUUGUCGAAGCUUUUCGCUUUUCUUCUGCUGUCAGAGCGCUCAGCAAUUAGUCCAAACGACUUCUACAAAAUAUCUAGGCCACCCUGGUUUCGAGUUGGCGCGCAACAAGAUUGCUCAGAGUUCUUGAAAUACCUUAUUGAAAGGAUAGAGCAGGAAGAUAAAUCGCAGGGCAGUGAGGUAGCAGACACGACUAUCCACCGCAUGUUCACAGGAGAAUGCCGGGUGGACGUGAAAUGCUUGAAUUGUAAUGCUGUGUCAUCUCGGUUUGAGGCUUUCAAUGAUAUUCCACUCGCAUUCCAUGAUGACAUUGAAGAGGGCAAGAGAACAUUUUCGCUUAAAGGGGGUGAUAUCUCUAGUGGGAGAAUAAACAGUCGUGUAAAAGGCAGUGAAGGCCUAGCUACGGGCGAUCCAAAGGAAGCCUUAGAUUCGAACUCGAUACAUACGGUCGGUCAAGCUCAAGCUUCUGCAACAAGCUCACCUGUUAUGACAAAUAAUGCAACUUUAACUGUUGAAAAGCGUAAGGACCGCUCUUAUAGCUUGCAAGAGCUUCUCAACUCCUAUCUUACCACAGAAAGCCUUCAUGGUCAAAAUCAAUACAGAUGUGAUAAUUGUUCUGCGCUGCAGGAUGCGGAGCGACGACAUCUUAUCACUUCAUGUCCGAAAUUCCUUGUUCUUACCUUAAAACGCUUCACGUACGACAUAAAAGCGCACAGACGUGGCAAAAUAAUGCAGAAUGUGAAGUUUCCAAAUGAAAUCACUGUCCCAGUUCUUGUUGCCUCAACAGAGAAUAGUACUAAAGAGACUACAGUCGAGCCAAUGGAUGUCGAUGCAGACCAUCCAAAUGGUUUCGAACAGUCGACCAAUAGCAGUGAAUAUUUCCCCGGUGAGUACCCUCGCGCAUUGAAUGCAGAGUAUGCAGCGAAACCUGUUCUUAAGGUUGACAACGAAGAAAGCAAAAUCUAUUCUCUUGUCGCAGUCGUCGUUCACUCAGGAGUGUCUUCUGAUAGCGGCCAUUACUACUCCUAUUGUAGAAGCAAAUCCCCUAGUUUAGGAAAUAGUGCAGAGAGUCAAGAAGCUUUUUCAUCGCCCUCAGACAAAGGAGGAUUUAUAGAUGACAAAAUGCUAGGUGUGUCUAAAAACGUCAAUGCAGUGUCGAGUAAAAAUAUAGCAGCCACAACGGCUAGCAACUAUUACGAUGUAUCGACUAACAUUGAGGUAAAAGAAAAUAUAAUAAGCUCGAAAAUGGAGACCACGAGCAUGAAUGCGAAUACGAACUUGCACGAAAAAGGCAACACGAACAGGAACUUGCACGACAAGAACUACACGAACACGGAGGAACCUGAAAACGAAUGGUACCUUUUUAACGACAGUUUAGUCUCUGCCGUCAAAGCAUCAGAAGUGGAGAAGAUACAAAAUGACCAUCCACGAGACACGCCAUACGUUUUUAUCUACGAAGAGGUCCCUGCUGAUGAUGAUAUCCAAACAAAUGAACAUUUGGUCAAACCAGAACUGCGUGUACAUGUUGAAGCAGACAACAGAGAAUAUUUUAAGGGCCAAAGAAAUGCAAAAAGACUUUUAUACGACACAAACUGGCAACCAAAAACUCGAAAAUGGAAUGAAGAUGAUGACGAUAAAAACAACGGAGGAUCGUCAGGGAAUUUCGGAGGAGGGUUUGGGGGACUUGAUUUUGGUGCAAGUCGUUUCAUAUAUUGAUGCAUGUCAACAAUUAAAUUUCGAAUGCUGCCGUAUGGGAUUUUGUAGUAAAUUUCCUACUUAAUAUGUAAUUAUUAUUAUUAUUAUUGUUAAGUUUAUUAUAGUUGUUCUGAAUUGGAUUGAAAAACAUUGUCAGUUGAAACUUUGUGCUUGCCUCCUGCUGGGCUUUCCUACCAAAGAUUGAUGAUCGCAUUAAUCGUGAAACUUUCAACCGUCCUGUUCUAUACUCUGAAAGCGUUUACACGUUUAUACCUAUUACGCCGCAUCGCGCACUUAAUGAAAAACCAGUAAACAGUAAUUUUGUUUUCAUUAAGCUGAUAUGUAUGUAUGUGUGUAUGUUUGUGUGUAUGUAUGUAAUAUGCAUGUAUGUAUGUAUUAUUUGCCACAAUAUUUACAAAUAUUUACGAUGUAAUACAAUGUUAACUGUUCAAAACGUAAAGAUAAACACCCUAAUUUAAAAGGAAGGGAUAGCCUUUAAAGUUCAAGGUGACCGGACUUGAUGGUUAAAACUAAAUUUAAAUUAUUCUGAAAUGUUUAUGUAUUUCAGGUUAAAACAUUCUUCAACGGUCCUUAACUUUGUUGCUUUUCAUUGGCUUGUAACAUCUGAAAUUUAAAAUGUCAUAUAAUAAGUGAGUGCAGUUAUUAUUGUUACAGGUAUUAUCAGUUUUUGCAAAUGACACUACUUAUUUCAGGAAUCUAAAAAAAGGGUCAGGUUUGUCAAAGAAAAAUUAGUUUAAUGCUGACAAAAGCUAAUCAUUUUCUUUGCAGAGAAGAAAUAGACAAGUCUAUGAACCUGGUUCGGCGGAAGGUUGGGCAAAAAUUAAGAAGGUUUUGUUGACAAACAAAAUUUUGUGUUUUUUCUGUUUUUUCAAUCGUUGACAAAAUAUCACGAAUAAUACUUAAAACCGUGAGGUUAUACUACAGAUUAAAGUAAAAAAUUCAGGCCAGAAAGGUCGUGAUAAAGGACGAAUUAUUGGUGCGACGUUUGCUUAAUCGCACAUGGAGGCUUGAAAAUUUGCGUUCAAUCUCUGCGCCUUUUCAAGAGAGGCGCCUCGAAAAUACUGGGCUUUAUGAAAACGAGGCUGAGCUUUAAAUUUAGCAUGAAAAUUUAACAAUUAAAUUAUAAACUUAUCAAGUAUGUUACGUUUUCUGAAGUGCAUUAAAAAUUUAACAAGUACACUGAAAGCUAAUUCUUUCGAAAGAGAAAUUCUAAGUCAAAAUUUAUGAAUUUAUAUGGAAGAAUUGAUUUAACAGCAAAUGUGACUAUAAGAGACAUAAUUGAAGCCCUGUUAUCAACGCUGACUGCUUCGUUAGUUCUUCAAUGUAGCAAGUGCAGGGGACUAGAAUUACGCUGAGAAACACGUGAUAUAGAGCCAAAUCAUAUCUUGCCCCUAAGUUCUACUUUUAGACUGGGGUACUCCGGUCUAGACCCCUAAUUGUACCGUUAGCUAUAAACGUAGAAUGUCAAAUCUUGGAAUGUUGAAUCUUAGAAUUACGCCAAAAUUGUAAGAUUUGACAGGUAGGUUUUUGAUGAUCUAAUUAAUGCUAUAAGAACACUUUCCAAAUGGAUGUCAUUGAAAAGGUACUCACUUGAUGAUAGAAAUUUUAAGCAUAAGAAAAGAUAUUCUCAGUCUAUCUUUGUGUAGAAAAAGUCUUACUCAAAAACUUUAGCCUGACGUAUUUGGUAGUGAUUACUGUUCACACUGGAGACACAUUCUCGCAAAUACUUUGCAACUUGGAUAUUGAUUUUCUAAGAGACAGAGUCUCCCCUCGAGAGGUCUUUCCAUAUUUGUGUCCUUCCCUCUUCCGCAAGCAGCCAAAGCUGCCUGAUGUUAGCAAAAUUCUAACUAUCGAGAAAAAGGCAUCUUGUGAUUUUUAAAGCAUUUAUUUGGCUCGAUCUUGUAUUCUAUUAUGAAAUCUACCAAGACGACAUCGAUUCGGGUCAGAAUCGAACUAGAGGUAUCAUAAGUAACAAGUUCAGAAUCUACUUGCAACAUAAGAGGUAUAAUCAGCAAACAUUUCUACUGUCCGGUCUCUUGUGCCCUUGUGCUUUUAUUGUACCCUGGGUACCAGAGCCACAUAGAUUCAAGAGGGAGCAGAAGAUAGGAGAGGAGAAGCGGAGGAGCGUUCUGUUUACGUGCUCGAAACUUUGGCUCUGGCACCCAGGGUAUUAUUAUUGUUGCUCCCGCUCGAUUUGCGUGCCAAAAUUGAUUUUGUUUGCGUUAGUGUGUUGGUGGCUCUGUUCAUGCCGUUGGGGGUAAAGGGUGUUCGCCAGGCCAAUGAGAUAUUGCUUCUUAGCUCGACGAACAUUCUCGUUUGCAGAACAUUCGAAGAAAAAGAAGACAAGUCUGGAGUUGUAGAACAUUUCUGCAGCCCAGCACACACCAUCAACGACUUUGCCAUCACACCACUACUUAGACUGAAGUUUAAAUAAUUUUGCCCAUAUUCUUCGACCCAUGAACCUUACGGUAUCUGUACCAUAGCAUGUGGUUCUUACUUUUGGUAGGUUUAAAUUGCUCAAGCUUCUUAGUUGAUACGGCAUUGCCUUUUCCUUAAAAAUUUCCAUCAUAAACGAGGGAUUCAAGUGAUCCCUUGUUUUGUAAAUUUCAACCAUGAGCAACUGUAGGUUCUUCUGAUGUAUAGAUACCAAAAUAUCAUUUUCUAACAAUUUCUCGUAAGGAGAGGUGUUGUCUUUGUAACUUUCCUGUAUCCUGUUUAUCUUGUUAUUAAUAUUUUUGUCAUGGAACAUCCAGAUUAAUGUGCAGUAGCUGAAUUGCGACAUCAUACCAGUGUUCAUCAUCAAUUUUAUUUUUUUGGAUUCCAUGAAAAUCGAAUUGCGAGAUAAACCAUUCAGUUUUUGGAUGGCCUUUUUACAAAGAGUCUGCACAUGAGUUUUGAUGUUAAGUUUUGUAAUCGUCUGCAUAGUUGCAUAUUUCGGCUCGAUUCAUCAGAAGAAAAAGGUCAUAUACACGUUAAAAAUGAGAGGCCCUAACACUGAUCCUUGUGGGACUCCCUUUUGAACUACUUUCCAAGUGCUAAACGACCCAUUAAUUUCAAAUCGUUGUCUCCUUUUUGACAAAUAGCUGCGAAUCAUGAGUAGGGCAACUCUACCAAAACCAUAGGCAUGCAGAAUAUACUUGUUGAGGCACUUGAUACUGUUAUGUUGGGGUACUUGAAAAUUUGAUCACUGGCAAUGAGCUUGAUGCAAGGAGCCUCACCGAUGCUGAAGAUAUCAAGAAAAGCAUCAUAAAUUUUGAAUUUCUGAUAUUGUUAUACUUGUGGCUCGACAUUCUCACCAUAACAAAGGCAGCAAUAGACAAGGUUCAAGGUCCAAUGCUAAAUGUUGGCGUUUCAUGUCAGUUGAUUAAGAGCUGUGUGCAGCAGUUUUCUUCUGUAAGACCUUGCGAUAAGCAUUUUGAAGAAAUUAUAUAGAAGGCUGAAAACCGUAGCGCUUCGUGCACAGAAUUAGAGCAGAAUUUAAAGAGAAGAGAGAUUCAAGACGCAAAAGAUUUCAUGAAGAAUAAACAGUAGAUGAUCCUGUUGUAGACGAUAAAAGAAGAUUUAAGAUUGAAGUUUACAGCAAUAUUCUUGACAUAAUGAUUGAAGAUUUAAAAGCAUGGUUUAGCAACACAACCGUAAGAGUUCUGAAGGGCAUGAUGCGCAUAAUAUCUGAGAAAUUAGCGACCAAGUCACCUUCGAAAUCUGACUUAGAGGAUCUUUACACCCUAAUGCAAUUCUUUGAAGAAGAUCUCUCCUCAAGGGCGCCGGAGCCACGGAGGCAGCAUGGGGGCAGCAAAGUGCCCUUUUUAUGAAAUUGAUUUCUAAGCAAUAUCAAUUUUUAUCAAUAUUUUGAAUGCUAAUGAAAUUUAGGUUUCAAGUAUCUCUCAACACCUACAUGCAAGAGAAAAGUCAAUAUUUUCCAUUUUGAUACAGGGCCUCCGA